CGAUAAUCUUGUGUCCUUACUAAACUGGCAAACAUGUCGAACGCCGUUCGGAGUAUUCAAAAACUUUUCGUCGGAAACCUACCAUGGACGGUGGGUCAAAAGGAGUUGAAACUUUACUUUUCGAAGUUCGGUCAUAUACAAACUGCAUCGGUAAUUUUCGAUAAAGCUACUGGUAUGUCUCGCGGAUAUGCUUUUGUAACAUUCAGUACACGUGACGGAUUUAACAGUGCAUCAAAUAAAACAAACCAUGUGCUAGACGGUAGAGUUUUGAACGUCCAAGUAGCAACUUCAUAGCCUAAUUAUUGAUUUAUAGAACUAAUAUUGUACAGUACAUUUUGUAUGUAGUAAAUAAAUCUGUUUUUAUGUAUA